UCAAAGUAAGCUGUUAUAAUAUGAAAAAGGAUUUCCAGCUUGUUAAUGCUUAAUAAAAGGUGGUGUAUUAAGUAAAUUUUAUUAGCCUUAUAAGCUUAUUGGGGCACCUUGAGAAAAAUAAUUUCUUAGUCUACCAAAGUUAUGAGGUAUUACUAAAUUCCUGUGAAGAUAACGUGAUAGUCUUAUAUAUGUACUCCUUUGAACCCAUUAAGAGAAAAGUGAAGUGAUAAAGUGAUGUGAUAAAUGUGAUAAAGAAUGAUAUUGACAUAUAUUAUGCCUUUAUACAUCUCAAGGUUUUUUUUUAGAAUACAUUAAUUAAUGAACACUUUCUUUUUAGUUUUCAUAGGAUUGUAGUUUGGGGCCUUGAAUAACCAUGCCUGUUCCAGAUGUUAUGUUCUGUGCACAGCAGAUUCAUGUUCCACCUGAACUGCCAGAUAUUAUGAAACAAUUUACCAAAGCAGCUAUCAGGACCCAACCACGUGAUGUUCUCCAAUGGUCCUAUGGGUACUUCUAUGCUUUGUCAAGGGGAGAGCCUCUUCCUGUGAAAGAACGUGUUGAAAUGCCAGUUGCCACACAGAAAAACGAUACUGGUUUGACCCCUGGCCUCCUUAAAGUUUUGCAUAAACAGUUGUCUCACAAGAAGACUGUGGAUUUAAUAGAUCUCCAUAAAAAGUGGAAGAUUUUGUGCUUACCAGUAGAACAACUGCGCAAUCUUCUUCAA